GCGACAGCACAGUAGAUAACAGCCGGCGGCGUCUGGUGUGGACUGCGCUCUUACGCUGCAGUGACUGUCGACUUUACGUCCUGAGCCGGCGACCAGUGUAGCGACGUCUUCUACAGCUGACUACACGGGGGAAUCUGGACAUGCAGAAGCUGCUGCCAUGGCUGGUUAUAAUGGUGACUGUUUCACACGAGAUGGCGUAUGUCUCAACACAAAGCCUCUCUGGAAUGGCAAGGGAGGUGUCCAGUGUGCAUGCCCCAGAUGGAGUCCAUCUUCCCAACACCUAUCUUGUCCAGCAGUUUCCAUGGCUGGUGGAUAGAAGUAAGAUUCAGCAGGAUGAACAACUCCUACAAGGGGCUCAGUACAAUUUCGACUCAGCUCCUGCGAAACGAGAGGCAGCUCCUCAGUAUAACUGCCACCAGGACUCACAGGCGAGAGUUGUCUGCCACCAGGUAAUUGCAGGUCUCGAACACUCAUAUGGCCAGCAAGCGCUUCGGCAAAGGCUAUUUGUGGAUGUGCAAGAAGAAGGUGUCCACCAGGAGAAUAAUCACAAGAGAGUAGUGCGGCAAGAUGAUGCAAACCGUCAGAAUGGAGACCAACAAGACAGACACCUGGAGGAUCCAGCCCAGUCAAAUAGGGCACAAGAGCCACCUCAGUCAAAUGGGGCACAACAAGACCAACCCCAGUCAAAUGGGGCACAACAAGACCAACCCCAGUCAAAUGGGGCCCAGCAGCAGGAUCCACCCCAGCAACGGCAGGCGGACCUUCCCCUGUGUCCAGAGGACAGCAGCUGCUCUUGUGAGACUGUAAGUGGGGUCGUGAGGGUCGAUUGCUCCAGCUCUGGGCUGGACCAGCUGCCAGCCGGGCUGCACCCCAAAACCACAAGGCUCUCACUGUCUGGAAACAGCCUGCAGCAGCUUGGCAACGACUCACUGGCAGGUCUCCACAGGGUCAUGCAGCUGUACCUGGACAUGAACAACAUCAGUGAUAUUCACGAGGACGCUUUUUCUGGGAUGCCGAAUCUGCGCGUCGUCGAUUUCUCCAACAACCGGCUGUCAACUCUUCCGCCCACUGUCUUCACGUCCAACGGGAAGCUGCAGAAGCUGGACCUUAGUAGGAACCCAAUCCAUCUGACUGGGGGCCGGAUGCUGGACUCUGCCUCCCUGUACUGGCUCAACCUGUCGUGGUGUGGCAUCUCCAGCCUGCCGGAGGACUCUUUCAAGGGCAUUCCGCAGAUGGUUAUGCUCGACCUCUCCGAGAACCAGCUGGUCGUUCCAACAGCUCUGGCCCUGGAGACGCUGAGCGGGCUGCGCCGGCUGCCGCUGGUGGGGAACCCGGUGUCGUGCUGCGAGGUGGGGGAGCUGCGCGCCUGGGUGGAGAUGCGGCGCGUGUCGGUGAUCCGCAGGGAGCUGUCGGUGGGGCCGCUGCCCACGUGCGCGCAGCCCGAGGGCCUGCGCGGCCGCCCGUGGACCGCCGCCGCCGGACACGACGCGUGCGUGCAGCGGCUGGACGUGGCCGCCGUGGUGGGCUGCGUGCUGCUGGGGCUGCUGCUGCUCGCCCUGGCCGUCGCCGGCGCGCUCUUGCUGCUCAGGAGGCGCCGCAGGGCCGCGCGACGCCGACGCACUCAGAGCGCGCUCAGGAGAGAGGAGAACCACUUGCGGCAGGACGACGCGGGUAUGUACGAGCCGCCGCCCGUGGCGAACCCGAAGGAGGUUGGCUGGGCCGCGCCACUGGCCUGGGAAAGGCGCAGGCCGUCCGAGCCGCGGUACGUGGCCUCCUUCCGGUCGCUGCACCCGCCCACCGUCUACGACGACGCCGUCGGCGCCGGGCGCAAGGCGCCGGCGCGCCGCCGCGACGCGCCCGAGUCGCCCACCUCGCCCACGUACGACGACGCCGUGGGCACCGGCCGCACGUCGCCACUGUACGACUACAUCCUGGGGUCAGACGGGCGGCGGUCUCUGGGGGCGGCCACCAGCACCGGCGAGAAGCCGCCCCACCACUCCUCCAUACCGUCGGUGCUGGAGGGCUGCGACUUCUACGAGGACGCCUGAGAGUGGCGGCCGUGCUGGUGCGCCCCUGCUUGCUGCAGUAACUCUGCGAGGACCCUCUUCUCGGACCACGUCAGCUGGAUGUUUGGAAUUACAAAGGGUGCCAAGUGCAAAGCGAGGACAAGGAAUCUGGCUGCAGCAACAGCCGUGGUCCUGACAGCUGCUGCGUCUGCUAGCCCUUCGUCAAUGAACAGCAAGUAGUUGCUCACUGCCUGCGUCACAGUGACCGUUGUGGCACACCUCCACAGGGACGCCACCCUACAUUCGUGAUAAAUACGAGGGCUAUCCACAAAGUACAUUACGUUUUGGAAUUAAAAAUAAAUAACGUAUUGGAUUUUUUUAUUAUACACAGAUGAAAGCCACACUUAAAUACUACUUUCCUACAUAGUUGCCAUUUAAAUUAAGCCACUUAUCGUAGCGAUGGACGAGCUUGGAAAUUCCUUCGUCGUAAAAUUCGGCCACCUGCGCCUUCAACCACGUGGUUACCUCUUCUCGAAGCUGUGCGUCGUCAUCAAAACGCUGCAUAGCCAAACACUUCUUCAUUGCUGGGAAUAAGUGGGAGUCGCGCGGUGCCAGGUCGGUACUGUACGGCGGAUGAGGAAACAACUCCCACUUAAAAGAUUCGAGAACUUCACGAGUGGCAUUUGCCAUGUGGGCUCGGGCGUUGUCGUGAAUCGGCAAGAUCUUUGAGCCCAACUUUCCCCUGCGCUUGUUUUGUAUUGCUCUUCUGAGAUUGUGCAGAGUUUGGCAAUACCUCUGAGAGUUUAGUGUAGAGCCUCUUUCCAGGAAAUCCACAAAAAUCGCACCUUUUCUGUCCCAAAAGACAGUCGCCACGUGGUUGAAGGCGCAGGCGGGUGAAUUUUACGACGAAGGAAUUUCCAAGCUCGUCCAUCGCUACGAUAAGUGCCUUAAUUUAAAUGGCAACUAUGUAGAAAAGUAGUAUUUAAGUGUGGCUUUCAUCUGUAUAUAAUUAAAAAAAUUCCAAUACUUUAUAUAUUUUUAAUUCCAGAACGUAAUGUACUUUGUGGAUUGCCCUCGUAAAUCAAAAAGUGUUGUCUAUCACCACUCUUGCAAGGAAUACGCCCAGUAGUGGUACCAGGGAAGAUUUUGUUUCUCCCACCAGUGCUAAUAUAAGCUGGGUAACUCGUGCUCCACCUUCAAUUAAUAUACAUGAGAUAUCCAAGGUGUGGAUCCAGAUACGCUGGCACUGGUUUCACAAUGAAUAGUAAACAAAAGUCCUUUACCUCCAUUUAUGCAUCCACAAUCCAUGCAUCUGAUCAGCCUUUCUUUCUCUGUUGCAACACUGGUAUCUAUUACUAGUUGUGCCCCGUGUUCUGAUCCCACAGUUCAUCAGGCACCUGCUAUACUUUCUUCCCAUUGUGUUCCACAAUUCUGACCUGGGUAUGUAGAGGAGAUGAGAUUUGUCUACAUCGCCCAUUUCCUGUAAUAGCCAAUAUAGUCGUCACCCCAAGAGAUGUCAUUCCUCCAGUAGUAAGGUAGACCACAACACAUCAGCCACAGCAGUCGGCCAGCUCUUGACCAAGAACAUGGUUAAUACCUUCAGUAGUUAGAGUCUUAACUCAAGUGUGACACAGUGUGAACACAAGGAAAAUCUUACCACAAAAUUCUCUCUGUGUCAAAAUUUACGAUCCAUUAUUUGUCAAAACAAUCUGAUAAUGCAUGCAUUGUGGCAACAAUGGAGAAUGGUGAGUCAGACACACUGCAAUGGGUAAAGCUUGAGGGCAAACUGUGGAACACCUUGUACUUUAUCCUUUUCACAUUAAUUUCACGACAUUAUUUUCCUUAAAUAUAAGUUUUUCCACUGUUUCUCAUCACUGGACUUUAUCCAAUCAAUUAAAGAUCUUUCUAUUCAUGAUAAUUUUUUAUAAAGCUCCAGUUAUUUGUUGACUUUUGUCAGAAAAAAUUAUUAUUCGAAACAUAAGCAGUAUUAUCAAAUUAAAAUAAAGUGAGAGGAGAUGAAGGACAAAUUUAAUUUCUGCAAAUUAUAGGACAAUCUAAGUUAAAUCUUACUUCGUGUGAGGAUAUGCUCAUGUGUAUUAUCCAUCAGUAUGCUUUGUGUCUGGUAUUGAACUACAUGAUUUCUGUGGUUUUGCAAUGUCAUUUUUGUAUUUAUCUUUAUGGGAUAGAUUUAUGUGCCUUUUAAAAGUAGUUUCACUGUGAAAUAAGAGAUGGUCUGUCCUAUGUUCCCAUUGUAAAAUUAUCAAACUUUGUGCCAUUAUGUUGGAAGAUUUUUAAGACGCGAACUUCCAAUUUUCCAUAAUUAAUAGAUGUGCUUAUUCAGAUGUACUGAACUAAAACUAUUGUGACAAUUGUGUUAUCAGUCAGGUUAUGAUAUUUUUCUGAAACACUUAAUUUUGUAACUAAAUGAACAUAAAAACUAAACAAUGUAGGAUGUUUUUAUUAUUCUAGUUCCACAUGUGUUGAAUCUUAUUCUUGGCAUGCAGUGAAAUUUUCAUAUUUUCCCUUCCAGUACU